UACCAAAAGAAUUCAGUCCUUUCUUUCAUGUUCCAUCAUUACACAAAAAAGCCUCAAACACUAACCGUUGCACCACAUAAAACUAAUACCAACACUUACUAAUGAUAAAAUCCUAAUCUUUUGACAAACACAACACAAAGGAGAGAUUGCAUGGAAUCCAACACUAGAUGUUCUUACUUGGCCAGCAGGCUGUUAUUCCUCUUCUUGCACAUCUCUUCUCUCAUCCAAUGCUCCGACGACGUCUUCGACGAAUCCUUAGACGCCAUUCUUCACGACCGGGCUUUCAGAGUGAUGAUCCAUCGGCGCCCCCACACCGGCGCGCUCUACAACGCCACCCUCCCGCCCAAUUUGGCGGGGCUGAAGGUCUCCGUCGUGGGGCUCAGAAGCGCCACUCUGUGGAGGAAAGGAGCUAAUUUCAGCAAUGUUGCCAUCCCAGCAAGAACACUUCCUGUGCCUCAUGUCAAACGCCUCCUCAUAGUUUACCACAAUCUCAGCAACUGGUCAUCUUCCUACUACAGCUUACCGGGGUACUCGUUGGCAACCUCUGUAGUUGGCUUUUCAGUGUAUGAUGCAACACAUUUGAGGAGCAGAAACCUGUCAAAGAUUGAGCUCAACACCAUGGGGAACAACAUAUCAAUCAGAUUCCCUGACUCAGGACUGAGCAGCAAUUGGAAGACAAAGUGCGCUUAUUUUGGUGUUACUGGUGAAGUUCAAAUAAGUGACAUGAGGUUACCUGAUGUGUGCCAUAGCAGAAGUCAGGGGCAUUUCUCCAUCGUGGUUCCUGUCAAGAAGAAGACGCAGAAGAUAUGGCCGUUGCUCGCAGGAUGCAUGGGGCUGGUACUGGUGGCAUUGGCAGGAGCAGGGGCAGGGGUCGCGGCAGUCAAAUUGUUCAUGGGGAAGAGAACUCAGGAAAUGGAGAAGGAGGCGGAUGCGGGAGAAUGCCUGCAGACGUACUGGAUUGCAAGCACUAAGAUGCCUCUGGCGGAAGUGACGAGAACUCAACCUGUGUUGGAGAGUACAUCUCUUCCCAAUCCUAAGUUAUCUUGGUAUGCUUAAUGUGUGUGAUGAUAUGUGUGGCAAUGAUGUGUAAGUAGUCUAAGAAUUUCCCAGAAUGUUAAACAAUGUAAUUACACUUACUGCUACAAGUUUCUUUGAUUGCCAAAAGGAAAACCAUGAAGAGUUGAGAAAGAUUUCUAUAUUUACUAUCUAUGCAGUAUACAAGUUU